UACGCCUGCUUCGCUCAGGGCCAUGGAUCGGAUACAGGAAGGCGUGGAACAGGUAUAAAGAGAGACAGCGAGUCACCUCAUGUUCAGACCUGACACAGCUGCUUUUCCUCAAGAGGCUAAAAGCUUCUCCCAGAUGGCGUACUCCACCGGCACGCUUGCACAGGGCGCUUUUGGGAAGGUGUACAAGGAGAAAUACAACGAUACCUGGGCUGCUAUAAAGAAAGUCCCCCACCACCUCAUCAGCAGGAAGGACCUUGAGAGAGAAUGUGAAGUGUACAACAAGUCAGAACAUCCCAACAUAGUGAAGCUUCUGGGAAACAUAACCCUGACAAACGGGAAAUGGAUCAUUCCACUAGAGUUUAUCUUCGGAGAGGACUUAGAGACAACCAUCUUCAAGGCAUCAAAAUCCAAAAUACAGUUGACUCCAACUAAUAAAGGCAAAAUCAUCGUUGGCAUGUGUGAAGGGCUGCUUCACCUCCACUCCAAGGACAUAGUGCAUCAAGACCUUAAGCCUGAAAACAUCAUGGUGGAACAUGACACAAACAGAGCAGUAAUCAUUGACCUGGGACUGGCCAAGUUCUUCAGGCGUGGUCUAAACUCCGCUAUGGAUAUGGGGAACGAGGCCUACUCGGCCCCUGAGGUGCUGCAGAGGGGCAGCCAGCGGGACCAGCGUUCAGAUGUCUGGGCCAUGGGCAAGAUCAUUGCUGAGCUCUGUGCCCGGAUUCGGCUGUACACACCGACUGUCUGUCCCGCCAAGAUCAAGGAGACUCUGAAGGAUCAGCCCUACUGCUCCGCUGUGUGUAGGAUGGUGGAGCCAGACCCUUCUCUGAGGGCCUCCAUAUAUGGGGUUAUAAGUGAUAUACGAAGGGCUGGAGGCACAGGCAUCGUCACCAAGACAGCCAUUCAAACGGACCACCUUAAGCUGCCUUCACCUCACAUUAAUGCCAGAAACCGGUCUCCAUCACCAAUGAACCGAGGUGCAUCUCCACUUAUCAGGGAUCCAUCACCAAUGAACAGAGCUCCAUCACCAUUUAAUAGGGAUCCAUCACCAAUGAACAGAGCUCCAUCACCAUUUAAUAGGGAUCCAUCACCAAUGAACAGAGCUCCAUCACCAUUUAAUAGGGAUCCAACACCAUUAAAAAAAGAUCCUGCCCCUGUACACAGGUCACCUUUGAAUUGGGAGCGGUCACCCAGACCUCAGCCUGCACUACACCACUCUCCUUCCCCUCUGAGGGCAGAAGACAAGAACAAAAACCAGGCUGUGGUCCCAGCAGCUGGAACAGACCUUACAAAGGACUUCCUGAAGAUGAGUCUAUUCCAAGAAGCUACCAAGGAUCUUGGCUGCAACCUUCCAACAACAGGGAGAGUGGUGGUCCGCCGCUUUGAAGAGAAAAACGGGGGAGUGGAAGCAUGGGAGCAGAAAGAGGUGGUGACUCGAGAUGGAAAAAUAGUCAAGUAUGAUGACAUCAAGUUUAACAGCAAAUGAGAAACACCGGCAGAUUCUUUAUCUACUUAAAAAAAAACAAUUGCAUGAACUGGUUGAAUGGUUAGUUCAGAGUAAGCUAACUUUGGGUAUCUUCUUAGGAGAGCUUUUAAAAACAUUUCCACUCUGCUAAAGAGUAAACUGGUGUGUGCAUUUGUGUCUUGCACUUGUAAAUACUGAGUUAAUACCUGUGAUAAACUGUAACUUGAGGAAAAUAUGAAAAGACUUAGACUUGGACGUUACAUGAUAGUCAUGUUAGGCAUUUGAUAAGAACCUGUGCUGUUUGUCUGCUUGCAAAGAACAAAAGUAUUGCAGGCAUGAACAGCCAUCUGUGAAUGUUUUUCAGCAUCUGAAUAUAUAAGACUUUAAACA